CCAGUUUCCGCCUCCACUGUCCGUUGUUGGCGGCGAUGGUGGUUGCCUGAGGUCUCGAUUGACCCCUCACCAGCAACAGAACUUUGAGGUGAGCUCCCCCCCUUCCGCCCACCGCUUUAUCCUCCUGCCCUGCUUCUCACAGAGGUACGUACCUUUUUGCUGGAGCUGCCUGCCUUUGCACUCCCGCCACCCCCCGAAUCUUCCCAUUCCUCGCAGCCUUUCCUCUCCUUCCCCCUUUUCAUCCCCAUCAUUCUGCAACGCCCAGGCAUCCAAACCAGCCAAAAUACACCUCCGGACAGACUGUCUUUUGGUCAAUUGACCCCAAUCCGCCUCCUGUAUCACAAUGUCUAGCCGCAAGAGAAAGCAGGUUGAGGAGGAGGAGCUUGUCUCCCUCCCUAGUGGAUCUGAGGAAGAAGAAGAGUAUAUUUCGGAUGACGAAGAAGAUGUUGUUGAUGACGACGAGGACGAGGACGUAGAAGAGGCGUCUGAUGAGGAGGGCGAAGACGAAGGAAAUGGAGUGCCAGACAAAGCAGACAACGCCCCGCCCAAGAAGAAACUGAAGACCGCCCCAUCCGGUAUCGCGCCUGGCAAGCCUGUCAAUGUCUCGAAUGGCAAGAAGAAUGGCGAGAAGAAUGGUGAGCAUGAGGAGGAAGAGGAGAUAGAAGAAGAAGAUAUCGACGACGACGAGGAGGAAGAUGUGGCCGAAGAUGAAGAGGGCGGGGAGGGAGCCGAACAAGUUGGCAAUGGCCUGCCCACUAAGGCAGCGGCCAAGGCUGCCGUUGCCGCUCCCGUCGAACAAGGCGAGGAGAAAGGGGUCGCUGCCGGAGGCGGCGAUGAGGAAGAUUAGGAGGCGCCGCUUCGCUUCUCCCGCUCCUCCGCCGAAUGGCAUUUCCCUCCAUUACGCCUGUCUCUCGCUGUGGCUACUCACCUCGGCCACCUCUCCGGAGUUGGCCGCACUCGGGGUUUGCGGACUUUCAACUUUGCAGGAUGAAAUAUGGU